UUAUGUUCAAUUAAUGCAAGUAUCAAGAUUAUUAUGACAUAAUUUAUAGUCAGUGUUAGUGUUGAACUGUCAUUCUGAUUCCAAAUUUAGUAGUGUUAGCGCUAUUGUUAUGUGCGUGUGCUAAUACCACUAUAACCUAAUAUUUUUCAUGCGUAAUGUGAAACGAAUUUUAUUACUUGGUUUGGUUGGUUGGUAAACAUUCAAAUGACAAGAUUGACUUUAGUGUGACAAACCUUUCUUCCUCACUUUAUUUUGCGUUUUCAGUUGUUUCUUUUGUUUAAUUGAUACUAGUAAUAUCUAUGCUUAUGUUGGUAGAAAGUACGAUAUACGCAAAAUACCUAAUUUGUUAUUGUAUUUCUAGCUAAAAUUAGACCCUGAAAUGAUUUGCAUUUUUGACGUGCAUAUAGGGGUUUUUGAGUGUGAUUUGCGUAGAAUUUCGUGUAUUCAAUUUAAUUCGUCCAAAGAAGAGUGUACAGUUGUAAAAUAGUAUCUAUUUUCAAGUGGUAAUAAUAACCGGUUUAUAAAGUUCACAAGUAACUAUGACAAUUACCGAGGAAAUGGAUUCCUAUGAUGAAAUAAAUGAAUUACCUGAUGAAUUAAUAAUAUCAAUAUUUAAGCUAUUACCUCUGGAGUCGCUGUUAGAUUGUGAAAAGGUAUGUCAACGCUGGAGAAAACUUGUUCGAGAUACAACUCUAUGGAAGUUUAUUGUUAUGGUAUACUCAGGAAAACCAGGCCAGAGCAAAAUAAGCAAUCGAAAUUUGGAAAUUAUAAAGACACACAGUGAAUUGAUUCACUGUUUAAAAAUGCAAUAUGUAUAUAACUAUUCGUUUAUUAAGUCAAUUCUAGAAAACUGUGAUAAUCUGACAUCGCUUGAACUAGUCAUGUGUCGUAUAGGAAAAGAAUUUGAGUGUGAUAUUACUAAAUGGCCCAAUUUAAAGAAACUGAAUUUAAAGAACUCUCUACUUCUUAAUAACAUGAAUUUGGAAAUCCCAUAUGAUCAAUUUAAAUAUUUAAAAUAUCUAGCACUGUCCGACUUUGGGUUGACUGCUACUAAUUGUUAUGCUUUAUUACAUUGUAAUUAUUUGAGUAAUAUCCUUAUUGAAAAAAUUAAGGAUUUAAAUUUAAGUUAUGUUAAAGAAUUGAUAUGUUCCAAACAGAAUAUAUUGGAAACGUUACAUAUUUAUGGAGGUGAUGCUAUUGACGAUCACUGUUUACAUUUGUUGUCACAAUGUCAUCAGUUAAAAGAUUUAGCAGUAAUCAGGUGUGAAAACCUAAAAGAUGAGGGUCUGGUUGCUCUUGCAGAUUUACAACAAAUUCAACAUUUGCAAAUAUGGAACAACAGAAAUUUCACUGAAUUAAAUUUGUUAAGAACCCUUAGCAGUUCCAAUUUGGUUAAAUUACAAAGUUUGAGUUUAUCCAGGAUAGAAAAUGUUUCUCCAGUUAUUGUAGAUCUUAUAUCAGAACAUUACAAAAAUCUAAAGUUUCUGGCGGUUUACCAAUGUCCUAGUAUCGUAAAUACAGAUUAUGAGAAACAGUUAAAAUCUAAAUUCCGAAAUAUAGAUGUUGUAUUAUAUUAAAGCCUAACCAAGAAAGCUAUGUGAUGUACUUUAUCUAACUCUUACGUUAAUAUAUUCAUAUAAAAGUAAGACUAAUUCUUUUUUCUAAAGUAAAUGUUGUGUUCAUGACAAUUAUUGGAAACAAUAAUAACCCAUAGUUCCGUAUAACAAUUAUAAGUGAAUUGAACUUUAUAUUAUUACGGUACCGACUGCCAUAAAUUACA